CUUUGUUUUCAUCGCGAUUGGUUCUGGGCAGCGGACGAUUUUAUUGCUGCUCGCGAGGCCAGCAAAUUAAUUAAAAUGCAAUAAAAUGUGCGUUUGGCAAUUCGGAUGUUCGCGGGAACAACAACAAUAGGCUGCGCGACAGAUUUCUAAUCGUAAUUGGCUUAUCUGUGAAGUGAAGAAGCCAGAGUUCGGAAGGCAACAACAAAACGCGAGUGGAAAUUUCGAUUUUUGUAUUGUUUGUUGCCGUGCACAAAACGAUUGUGCAAAACGGGCAUUAGAAAACUAUAUGAUUAUUAUGAAGCACAAUGUGCUUGGGCGAGAAAUAUAGAUAAAUUAUUUGUUUAUUUGAGCGUGCGGCGGCUUGCCAAAUUUAUCGCUCUCUUUCUGGCAUUUCUACUCUCUUCUUUACGCGCCUUUCAUUCAGUCGCCCGCGUGUGGGUGUACGUGUGCGAGUGACGUAAACAAAUGCACAAAAGCGAAUGAGUGCAAGAAUUUGAAAAAUGCGAUUGUCGAUUCACGUGCCAAAAAAUAAAAACAAAAGAAAAGUAGAGAGCAAAGAAAAGAACUUAAGCAUCAACAAAUCGACAUGACAGUAUUGUUUUCGGCUCUCUGUUUUGUGCCCCGUAUUCGCUGCAUUUUCCAGGCUCAGCUGUGCAAUUUCGCCUUGGUGUUGGUGAGCGCAACACGUUUGUGUGCGAGUGGGAGAGAGAGCGAUUGAGUGAGCGAGAGAGUCAACAUAAACUCCUCUGCCUGCGUCGCUGCCGCAGUCAACGUCGGCAGCGUGCGUCAUUGAUGCGACAGAUUACCGCUGGCAUCUUUAGAAUAUAACUUUAAAUAUAUAAGUAAGACGACCCACUGCGACGGCAGUCAAUGUCUGAUAGUGAGUGGACAGUCUGGAAGUGGGUCUCUACCGACGUCUUUAUAUGACUGAUAAUGGCCGUCUGCCCUGGCCGAAACCACAAUUGCAGCAACAGUGCGCCACAAUGGCCAAACAAAAUGAAUAUCUGAAAAUUUGGAAACAUAUCAAGUGGCGAAAUGAAAAGUAAACAAAGCGAGCUAAACAUUAUAAAAACGAGAUUUAUGCGAAAGAACGUUAAAAAUACACAUGUUUAUAGAGAAAAGUGGACAACUGAAAACCAACAUUCAUGCAACGCAAUCGAAGUGCCAUAGUGAAACGCGAGUGUUUGCAAUUCGUUCUCGCAGUUUAGUCAAUAUAUAGGUAUCACACGACAUAUCGCCAAUUAAAUAGAUAUAUAUAUAUAUAAAUAUAAAGUACAACCACCGACCGACCAGAGAGGCAGAGCAGCGACAAUAUGACAAUAUCGGGCGGCAUUCAACAUAAUAACAAUGCAAAUCGCAAAUAUGAAAAACUCAUUAAGCAGCCGCAGAUGCAAUUUGCUACGUCCGUGACCGGAACGCAAACGGAUGUGAACUCCUGCCGAGAUGCGAAUGCGGAUGCGGAUGCGAAUGUGAAUGACGGCCAGGACUUUGGCAAUUUCAAUAAGCAUUUCGGCAAUGGUCAUGCUGCCAAUGCCACUGCCACUGCCUUUGCCACUGCCACAACGGAUCGCACAAUGCUGCUGCCUUUGGAGGACGAUGUCGCCAGCGCCGGCGGCAUUGUCACGUACAAGGGUAAAUCGAACGGGAAUGGGAAUGGAAACGGGAGCAUCGGGAGUUUCGGAUUGGAGUUCAACGGCAGUCCUACCUCAUCAACGUCAAUUGGCAUCGCCGGCAGUGGCAGCAUCCACCUGACAUCGGGCGGCGGCGGACUCGGCGGCGGGUCCUCCGAGGCAGGCGGCUGGAUAUGCCAUUGUUGUAAUUUAAUUGCACGUCGCUGCUUUGGCAUCAACGUGCGGCGCUGUGUCCUCGCACUCCUGGCCAUUACGGUGGUUAGCAUUUUCUACUACACGCAUUAUGUCGAUACGGGCGUGUUUAACGGUCUCAUCCAACGCGACACACAUCCCGCUCCCAUCAUCAACUGCCGCAUGAUCAACUCGGGCGGCAAGCACAUCCGAGAUGCUUCCCCCGCGCCCGAUCACCGGUCGGAGGCUCGGUUACGAAUCGAUCCGAAAGUCCUUGUUUUUGUGGAAACCACAUAUUCCGGCCUGGGCAGGGACAUUGCCGAGCUGCUCGUCUACAAUCGGAUCAAAUACAAAAUUGAAGUGGCGGGCAAGAGCUUGCCGGUGCUCACCAAUCUCGACAAGGGUCGCUACGGAGUGAUUGUGUUCGAGAACCUGGACAAGUACCUCAACAUGGACAAGUGGAAUCGGGAGCUGCUGGACAAGUAUUGCCGGGAGUACUCCGUGGGCAUUGUGGGCUUCGUGAGUCCCAGUGAGGAGACCCUGGUGGGAGCACAGCUCCGAGAUUUCCCCUUGUUCGUGAACACGAAUCUGAGACUAAGAGAUGCCAGUCUGAAUCCCUCCUCGUCGGUGCUUCGGCUGACGAGAGCGGGGGAAACUGCAUGGGGAGCUUUGCCCGGCGAUGAUUGGGCCGUUUUCCAGCAUAAUCACAGUACCUACGAGCCAGUGGAGUGGGCCCAGCGGAACACCCAGGAGUAUCCAGCGGAUAGUGUGGGUCAGGUGCAGCUGCCUUUGACAACUGUUCUCCAAGAUCGAGGACAACUGGAUGGCAUACAGAGAGUUCUCUUCGGGAGCAGCCUGCGCUUUUGGCUCCAUCGCUUGGUCUUCCUGGAUGCAUUGAGUUACCUUAGUCAUGGUCAACUCAGCCUGAAUCUGGAGCGUAUGAUUCUGGUGGAUAUCGAUGACAUUUUCGUGGGGGAGAAGGGCACAAGACUGCGACCAGAUGACGUGAGAGCUCUGAUUGCCACACAAAAGAACAUAGCAGCCAUGGUACCGGGCUUCCGGUUCAAUCUGGGAUUCUCGGGAAAGUACUAUCACCACGGCACGAGGGAUGAAAAUCUCGGAGAUGAUUUCCUGCUGCAGAACGUGCAGGAGUUCAACUGGUUUUCGCACAUGUGGAAGCACCAGCAGCCGCACCUGUACGACAACCUCACCCUCCUGAUGGCAGAAAUGCACUUAAACUACGCCUUCGCAGUGGAUCACAAUAUACCCACUGACUCGGGCUACUCCAUAUCACCGCAUCACUCCGGCGUCUAUCCCGCCCACGAACUACUGUACUUGGCCUGGAAGAAGGUGUGGAACGUGAAGGUCACGUCCACGGAGGAGUAUCCCCACUUGAGACCCGCUCGUCUGCGGCGGGGAUUCAUUCAUCGGAAUAUAAUGGUGCUGCCGAGGCAAACCUGUGGCUUGUUCACACACACCAUGUACAUUGAUCGCUAUCCUGGGGGCAGGGAUAAGCUGGAUGAGUCGAUUCAGGGUGGGGAACUCUUCCAGACCAUCGUGUACAAUCCCAUCAACAUCUUCAUGACGCACAUGUCCAACUACGGAUCCGAUCGUCUGGCGUUGUACACAUUCCAAUCGGUGAUCAAGUUCCUGCAGUGCUGGACCAAUCUCAAGUUGGCCUCGGCUCCGCCCGUUCAGUUGGCUGAAAUGUACUUCCGUUUGCAUCCCGAGGAGGUGGAUCCCGUGUGGGGCAAUCCCUGCGACGAUGUGCGGCACAAGAAGAUCUGGUCGAAGACCAAGAACUGCGAAUCGCUGCCCAAGUUUCUGGUGAUUGGUCCGCAGAAGACGGGCACCACUGCUCUGUACACAUUCCUAUCCAUGCACGGCAGCAUUGCGAGUAAUAUUCCCAGUCCGGAAACCUUCGAGGAGGUGCAGUUCUUCAACGGAAACAAUUACUAUCGCGGACUGGACUGGUACAUGGACUUCUUCCCCUCGGAAUCGAUGCCGAAUACCAGUUCUCCGAUGCCCACGCAACUGGGAUCGCCACGUUUCAUGUUCGAGAAGAGUGCCACUUACUUCGAUGGCGAGGCUGUGCCAAAGAGAACUCACGCCCUGCUUCCACAUGCCAAAAUUGUCACAAUCUUAAUAUCACCUGCGAAGAGAGCUUACUCGUGGUACCAACACCAAAGGUCCCACGGCGAUGUCAUAGCCAACAACUAUAGUUUCUAUCAGGUCAUAACGGCAAGCGAUUCGGCACCGAGGGCACUGAAGGAUCUGCGGAACCGCUGCCUAAAUCCGGGCAAGUACGCGCAGCACCUGGAGCACUGGCUGGCCUUCUAUCCCGCCCAGCAGCUGCACAUCAUCGACGGCGAGCAGUUGCGACUGAACCCCAUCGAUGUGAUGAACGAGCUGCAGCGCUUCCUCAAAAUCCAGCCGCUGCUCGAUUAUUCAAAUCACCUGCGAUACGACGUGAAGAAGGGCUUCUACUGCCAGGCCAUCAGCGAGAAGCGCAAUAAAUGCCUCGGAAAGUCCAAGGGCCGUCAGUAUCCGGCGAUGGAUGAGCGCAGUGCCAAGCUGUUGCAGCGAUACUAUCUGAAUCACAAUACGGCGCUGGUGAAGCUGCUCAAAAAACUCGGCUCGCGGCCAAUACCGCAAUGGCUCAAAGACGACCUCUCGACGGGCACGUGAUAGCAGCUGUUCGGCGGCGGAGGCGUCGGCGGCAUCGGUGGCAUAGGAGGCAUUAAGUAUCGCAAAUUGCGGGCUAAACUCAGGAAACAGUUGCAUUGGCUGCAUCUGGCGGCCGAAAGUGCGGAAAACACUCAGCGACGGCGACGUCAUAACUGACAGGAUGAAAAUGAGGCAAAAAUGCAAAGCAGAACCUAUCAAACCUGUUCUAAUUUUCACUCUCGGCACGCUUUUGCAAAGUUGACAAUAUUAUGAAAAUGGUUUUUAAUUUAAUAUUAUUUAAUUUAAAUUUUGAGAGUCCCUAAUUUCGUUUUUAUCUCCUAUUACACUUUCAUAAUUGAUAAACUGAAACGUAAAAUGUGUAUUUAAUUUAUUUUUAAUUUCCUUUUUCUGGAUAAUCAAAUGAAGUUAUAAAACAUUUUCGAUUUUUGCAAACUCCUGCCGAAGUGAAAACCAGAAAUGUCACUGCUCAUAAACAGCUUAAAAACAGCUGCUGUAGAAAAAAUAUGAGUUAAGAAGUAAAAAACAUAAUUAGUCGCUUUUAACAUGCAUAAAUCUUUUUGUUUGUUGCUAUUGCAGCUAAUUAAUGUCACUGCAGUUGUCAGCUGAAGUUGUACAGUGUGUAUGUGUGUGUGCGUGCGUAUCUGUGUGUUGUUUAUCUGCGAACGUUGUGUAAAUAGGCGCGUGUGUGUGUAUGUGAGUGCUUGCCCAUUAUAAAUUAUCAUAAAUAAUAUCAUGAGGCAUCAUGAAUAAAUGCAUAAAUGCGCUUUGUUAGUUGUUUAAUGUUUAUUAGUUGGUAAUGGCGAAUUAAGCGCCUAAUUAAGUUACGCAUAGUCCAGCACUUUCGUUAUUACCUCAGAUACACCGAUUCAGCUCUCCGCAUCCUUAAGACUCGAUCAAAUAACUUUUGACAGCUCCAAACACACAUAUGUAACUACUACUAUCCACAUGGCAGCCACAGAAACUCCUGUGUACUUUAAGCAUUUUGAAUCCAUGCCAAAACUGUGACUUCGUUUCAGCAGUAAUAGAGUGCUACACAAAAUCCAUUCGUAUCGGAACAGUACGUUAAGCAUAAGGCUGCCUCUAUCCCCUAAGUGUAUUAUAGAUGUUUUUAGCGUAAGCCUAGUGAGUAGACCUAAGCGCGCUUGUCACAGGCCUCCAUGUAAAACUGUAAAGCCCUAGUUGUAUUUUAACGCAGCACUAAGCAAAGCUCUAUUGUAUAGUUGGAUAUAUGCGUAAAUGUACGAGAACUAGUUGAAGUUUAGAUUGGUAAUGCGACAAUAAUAAAAGCGAAAAUUAUUGCAAGUGUAAA